UAUUUGAGAGGGCAAAUGUCAACCUCAUCUUGCAGAGCCAAUUCCUACAACACGAGACCAGUGAAGGAGGGAAGGGUUAGAUUUCAGGAGAGCUGACGAGCAGAAGAUUUUGUCAAUGUGCUUAGAGCAAAGUCCACAUUUUCUGCCUCAUCUCAGUUAAUUUCUGGAAGAGAGACACCAAAGCUCACUCACUCUUCAGGUUCUCACUGAGCCUGCUGUGUUGGAAGGGACUUUCGUCUCCCAGAAGUCCAUUUUUACGAAGACCAUUGAGACAGCUUUCCAGGCUAAAGUGUCCUCAUGACUGUUCUAUUACAAGGUGCACAGAUGCUACAAAUGCUGGAGAAAUCCUUGAGGAAGUGCCUUCCUGAAUCCUUAAAGGUUUAUGGGACCGUCUAUCACAUGGUCCAUGGAAACCCAUUCAACCUAAAAGCCCUAGUCGACAAGUGGCCUGAUUUUAACACAGUGGUUGUCCGCCCUCAGGAACAGGAAAUGGCAGAUGACCUUGAUUACUACACCAAUACUUACCAAAUCUACUCCAAAGACCCCGAGAGCUGUCAGGAAUUCCUGGACUCCUCAGAAGUCAUUAACUGGAAACAGCAUUUGCAGAUUCAAAGUUCCCAGUCCCACCUGAAUAAGAUGAUACAAAAUCUUGCAAGAGUCCAAUCUUUCCAAGUCAAACAUUCAGAAAACAUCCUCUAUGUGACAUUAGAGACAAUCAAGAAACUCUUCCCUUCCAUGCCGGAUACAGAGAAUUUAUCACCAGGAAGUGGCAAGCCCAAGGCCAUCAAUCAAGACAUGUUUAAACUUUCAUCCUUGGAUAUUACCCAUGCUGCCUUGGUGAAUAAAUUCUGGCUUUUUGGUGGAAACGAGAGGAGUCAGAGAUACAUUGAACGCUGCAUAAAGAACUUUCCAAGUUCCUGUGUCCUGGGGCCUGAGGGAACCCCUGCAUCUUGGACUCUAAUGGACCAAACUGGAGAGAUGCGAAUGGGAGGCACCCUGCCUGAGUACCGGACCCAAGGUCUUGUCUCCUUUGUUGUCUAUUCACAAGAACAGAAUAUGAAGAAACAUGGCUUUCCUGUUUAUUCUCACACUGACAAAAGUAAUAUUGCUAUGCAAAAAAUGAGUUACUCGCUGCAACAUCUCCCCAUGCCCUGUGCCUGGAACCAAUGGAAGUGUGUGCCUAUGUAAAGCUGGGCUCAAACAUAAGAUGGUGUUGGGUGGGGCCCGGGGAUGUAAUUGGAUAGUGGACAAAGAGUGGAGGUGACUGAAAAUAUAGAAUAAAUGGCAACCAGCUGCAAAA